AUGGCAUUAGCCGCAGCAAAAUGGGCGAUAUCAAACAAGACUGUCUUGAAACAUUUAAUUUCAAUUCAAAAUGGAGCUUUAUGUUGUGUUAGUCAUAAAUCUACAUAUUCUUGUCUUCCAGAGGACUAUAAUUGCAAGGUAGAGCUGGCUUUGACAUCUGAUGGCAGGACAAUAGUGUGCUACCACCCUUCUGUGGACAUUCCAUAUGAACACACCAAACCUAUCCCUCAGCCAGAUCCUGUGCAUAAUGAUGAAGAAACACGUGAUCAAGUGCUGAAAACCAGAUUAGUAGAAAAAGAUGAACACAUUGAGCAAGGACCCAUGAUAGAACAACUUAGCGAAAUGUUCUUUACUACUAAGCACCGUUGGUAUCCUCAUGGACAGUAUCAUAGACGUCGUAUGAAACUGAAUCCACCAAAAGAUAGAUGA